AUGACGCAGUAUACUAAUGACCCCUCCUCCUGCGAUCUCGUCGGAGAAGGUGACGUUUACGGCAUUGGAGUUCGAUUAGGCUACUAUUUCUCCUGGAUCUCUGGUCUCACCGCUGUCUUUUUCGACAACCCAAAAGCAGUGCGCGACACUCGCCGGACUGUUAUCUUGGUCUCACUCGCAGUAUUUAUCAUCAUCAUACAGAACACGCUGAACGGUAGCUUCGCGCUUCUCGAGUGGUCAAUAGUCUUUCCCAUGGCAAGAUGGGCACCUCUAUUGGUUCUAUUCUUCGCCUCAAUCACGAAUCAGGACGACCCCCCCGGCACCAUAUAUAGAGUACACAGCCGCAAGGGCAACGACGGACGAGAGACGCCUGCAACUGGAGAUAAUCAAGUUAACAUAACCAAAAUGCAGACGCAACACAUCUCGUCCUCUCCAGAAGUUGAUACUACGAACUUGAUGGAGAUCUUGAAGAAGGCCCGGCCCGUCCGAGCCGCCAUGAUGCAGCUGAAACUCCUUUUAGUGGCCAUUGGUGUCAGUGCUAAUGUUUUUUCGGAGAAAAUCCUUGCUGGAAAUAACAUUGACCUCAGUGAUGCGCCGCUCCUGAGUUCGGGUCAACUGAUCCCGUUCAUUGUUGGGCUAGCUGGACUGGUGUCGACUAGUUGGUCGGUGACGAUUGGAGAGCGAAGGGAUACUACAGUGCAGUAG